GUUCCGCACAUAGUCGCAUCCACCUAUGUCCUCCAAUCUCUCAGACGAAGGCGGCUCGCGAAGACCGACCACCCCCACGCUCGCUAACACGCAAACCAACGGCAAGUCUUCCGCAAAGGCCGGCCUGGUCCCAACAAACAAUGUCACGACGAAAGAGGGGCUUACCGUCCGGACACGAAUCGAGCCUAGUCUGUCUGUGGACGAUGUCAUUCGCCAACUGUGCAUCAGCUUGAAGCUGAAGGAUACUCAUGCCGUGUACGCGUUGCGGGACGAAAAUGACGAACUGGUCACGAACGACAACUUGAGGAAGAAAAUCAAGGGGAAGGUCAACCUCAAGCUUGUCAAUGCCCCCGCUAUCGAAGCUGCGGAAGUAGUGGAGAAGCUCGGCUCGAGAGACGCGAAGCUCGGUCUAGCAUUGACGUCGCUGCGCAAGCUGAUCCGUGAAGAGCAAUUUGCCAACGAGUUCCUACAACGAGACGGCCUGCAUGAACUCAUAGAGGUCAUCAAUACAUCUCAUGGCAAUAUCCUUUGCUAUGCUCUGAUAGCAAUGCAGAAUCUCAUGGAGCUCGACUACGGGUGGUCGACCCUCGACAACGCAUUCAUCUUCAAAGUCGUCCAGAUUCUCUCUUCAGAGACUUCCCUGAUCAACGUCUGUCGCCCCGCAACCGCCAUCUUGAAGAAGUUGGUCGAAGCGGACCCUAGCAGCACUACAAGCACCAAUGUCCCCAGCACCAGCAAAGGGCCCCCUUCUCCGCCUCCCGGUUCGGUAUAUCGAUACGGCUUCGACGUUGUGUAUGAGCAGAUGCGCAAGGAGAAGAGGUUGCUGGAAACCGUCGUUAACCGACUCGGCAGCGCGGACACCACUAUGGCUCUCUACAGCAUGAUGUUGAUCAACUCGUUGCUCGCGCAUGCAAGUGAUCCUCGCUGGGACGAGUUCAUUGCGGAGUUGGAGCAGCUGAAGGUCCGCAACGCGGUCAUCCGACUGAUGUCCUCACAUACAAUCGAAGACCUCACUUCCUGCAUCCUCGACUUCCAGGCGAAUAUCGUCCGCGUUACCUUCCGCAAGAAGACGACACUGGUCGAGCCGGACUUCGAGCCGCUUCACAAUCAGGCGCUGCAGUUCAUCUGGGAAAAGAGCAAGCUCCAGGAAGAGCGAGAAGACGCAAUCACGCCCAUCAAGUGGCGCAAGCUCGGCUUUGAGACUGAAGAUAUCGGACACGAAUUCCGGGAAGUCGGCGUACUAGGACUAGACUGUCUGAGAUACUUCGUAGCGAAGGAUCCCGAGUAUUGGGCGAAUGUCGUACAAGAACAACUAAGUCGAUCCGAAGAGCGGCGAUGUCCGAUAGGGAGAGCCUCCAACGAGGUCGCCGACCUGCUCUCGGAACAUUGGUCCAUAUAUGCCCCAGGAUAUUCGACGUCGACGACCUUCCAACCCUUCUUCCUCAACUUCCAUCGCGUACACGCACUCGCGCUGCACUUCUUCUUGCGCAUGUGGAACGAGAGCGGCGCCGCCGCGCACGACUUUCCUCGGCUGGUAGCCUUGACGAGAAGCCAGGUGAAGGUCGCGUUGAAGCGAGAGAACAUCCGGCCUUGGCAUGAGGUCGAGCAGGAGUUCCUCGAAAGCGAGUACCGUGCCGUCCGCGACCGCCAAAUGCAGGAACUCGAGAUGGAGGACGACAUCAUGAGCAAAAUCCCUAUACGUAACCUGCGAGCCAAGUUGUACAAGGAGUCAUACGAGUUCGUCCGUCAACAGCGGAUCCACUGUCUGCUCGAAGGCGCCUGGUUCAUGAACGGUAUUCCGCUAGCCACAACGGCUCCGCGAGAUACUCUCAGGCGACCGACGCGACCAUGGCGCUUCCUCCGCCUAGAUGCCGGACUGAAGUACCUCCACUUCGUCGACAGCGCCAUGAAGUUCCCCGUGCGCAAAGGGCUCGAGGACCUGCCCGACCGCGUGGAGGUCGCGAUGAUCAGCGAAGUCGCGACGGGCACCUGCGCGCCGUUCCCGCACAUCCAGCGCGACCAGGCAGACAUCCCGCUCGGGUCGGGCUCGCCGCUGCUCGCGUCGACGCUCUCGUUCUCGCUUCUCAGUACCAGCGGCGGCUCGCUCGCGGACCAGAUCGCGCCCGACCAGGCGCGCUGGGCGGACUGGACAGAUGGCCUGAACAUGCUCCGCAGAGACGGCGGGCACGUCGCGUCGCAGGAGACGGAGCUGUUCGUGCAGGCGCUCACCGAGAUCGGGCUCAAGAUCAAGCUGCUGGAUCUCUCUGGGGAGAGAGUGGAGAUCCCGAGCGGCCUCGUUUCCGGGCCACCGCCCAUGAAUAGCGAUUUCUUCUUCUCGGACUUGGCGUACGACGCGCCGGCGUAGCAGGACGCGCACGCCCUUGUUUCUGCAAUAUUUCGGUCUGCUUUGUAGGUUGUUCGUGGUAGCCUGUCGAUCUGAAUGGUGUCAUGAUUAGUUUAUAUAGUCGCAUGCGCGGCCUUCCGUGCAGCGCAUGGCGGCAGCGGUGAUCUGUAGCUCUUCGUAAUCUUCCGGCAUAUAUCCCAGUAGCAGCGCGGAAUACCCCUUCGAAUACAUGUUGUUUAUAAGCC